ACACCUUUAAUGCCAGCACUCAGGAAACAGAGAGGAAAUGUGACAGCACAGUUCGUGAAAGGGCCACAGAGAAGGCAGUAGACUGACAGAGGACUUUUUUUUUCCUUCAAGUUAUGAUAUGGCCAUCUAAGGGUGAUGAUGAUGCCCUACUUUUCAGAUGAGCACACUGAAACUCUGAAAAGUUAGCCACAUCAUGGUCAUAUAGCCAGUAUAUGCCAAAGCAGGAAUUAAAGCCAGAUGUAUUCAAUACUUUCUACUACCUACCAUAGGCUGUUUUUAUGAAUAACAGUUUCAUUUCCGCAUAGAUGACCAUGCAACCAGCGAUUCAAGUAUGGUUUGGAGAAGAUCUACCUCUAAGUCCACGGAGUCCUCUGACUCCCAGACAUGGACCAGGACUGGCUAAUGUUUGUCAGUUUGAUGAGUGGAUCGCUGUGAGGCAUGAAGCCAGUCUUUUGCCCAUGCAAGAAGAUCUCUCUAUUUGGUUGUCUGGUUUACUAGGUAUUGAAGUUAAGGCAGAGAAGUUAUUGGAAGAACUUGAUAAUGGAGUGCUGUUAUGCCAGCUGAUCCACGUCCUUCAGAACAUGGUGAAAGCAUGUAGCUCUGAAGCCCCAGAGGAUUUUCCAAUGAGAAAAGUGCCUUGUAAGAAAGACGCUGCGUCGGGUUCUUUCUUUGCCAGAGACAACACUGCAAAUUUCCUCCACUGGUGUCGGCACAUUGGGGUUGAUGAAACUUACCUUUUUGAAUCUGAAGGUUUAGUUUUACAUAAAGAUCCCAGGCAGGUGUACCUCUGUCUUCUUGAAAUUGGUCGAAUUGUAUCAAGAUAUGGGGUUGAGCCACCAGUAUUAGUGAAACUAGAGAAAGAAAUUGAGUUAGAAGAGACCUUGCUUAAUACCUCUGGGCCUGAAGAGUCCAUCAGCAUCCCAAAAUCCUGCUGUCAGCAUGAAGAGCUACAUGAAGCUGUUAAGCAUAUUGCUGAAGACCCCCCCUGUAGCUGUUCUCAUCGAUUUUCAAUCGAGUACUUAUCUGAAGGACGGUACCGACUAGGGGAUAAAAUACUGUUUAUAAGGAUGCUUCAUGGAAAACACGUCAUGGUCCGUGUUGGUGGAGGCUGGGAUACUCUGCAAGGAUUUUUGCUUAAAUAUGAUCCCUGUCGAAUACUGCAGUUUGCUACACUAGAACAAAAAAUUUUAGCAUUUCAAAAAGGAAUUUCAACUGAAAGUGUACCUGACUCACCUGCCAGAACACCUCAGCCUCCGGAAAUGAACCCUUUGUCAGCAGUUAACAUGUUUCAGAGACAAAACGUAAAACCUGGUACACCAGUCAGUGUUCCAAAGAGCAAGGAAAAGCAGGUACGUCCACCAGGCACACUCCCCCCAGCAUCUUCAGUAAAAGGUAAUCCAGGCUCCCUAUCAGUGCACUCCAGACCUCUAGAAUCUCCAACAGUGGCUUCUCACCUGAGGCUUACGUCUCUGAAGGCCACAGCAAAAAAGCCGCACGCUCCUUCCAGCAGUGUCCCGUCUUCCCUGGCCUCUUCAAAUCCAGCGGGUAAAAGCGCUUCAGCAGCUUCAUCAAACCCUGCACUCUGUGCAUCUGAGUCAGUGAGAAAAUGUGUCACAUUCUCCAGUACUGCUAAGGCCAAGGCUGUCCCAGCCCAGAAUGCAAGAGAUCUGUCGAAAUCUAGACUUUUGCCAAGUAAGUCUGGGAAAAUCGAUCCAAAGUCUUUGAAAUGCAAUCAUAUUUCUUCCAGAAAUGAGUCACCUCUAAAUUCAUCAUCAAAGUGUCCAAAGCUACCUAAAGCAAAUGUGCACGUAAGGCCUGAUGCUUCUCGUUUCCAGUCUCCUGCGAAGGUGACAAAACCCAAUUCUAAAACCACAGCCAUGGACCUAGAGACACGAUGUCAGCCAUCUGAUAAAGCGCUACAAUCAGGGGCAAUCCCAGCACAAAAACUUCAGUCAGCCUUCAGUCAUCCAGUGUCUGUAUCUUCAGUUUCUUCUGCAAAAGCUACACAGGAAUUGAAAGAUAAGAAUACAGCUUCAGUUGCCAAGAAGCAUCCUCAGAGUAAAAGUACACACCAGAAGACAGGACCUGGCUCUUCAAAGUCUCCUGGCCGAACCCCACUGUCCACUGUGAGUGUUCCUCAGUCUGCUGCCAAGACAGAAGCCGUACCAAAGUCAGCACAGACUGCCACCACGGGCCAGUAUUCGGCUAAAGGGCCUCCCAAAGGUGGCAAACCACUGGCUUCCACCAGGAAACCACCUUCAUCUGGUAAAGGAACAGACGGUGGUGAUAAAAAACCUGCCAAGAAAAAAGAAGAUGAUGAUCAUUACUUUGUUAUGACUGGAAGUAAGAAGCUUAGAAAAUAAAUACACGUGUGUCGUUUUCACAGAUCAGGGCAAAGGAGAGGGAUGGGUUAUUGGCUUCACAUCCUAAAACACCUUCCCAUUUGUGUUUGUCCAAACAGGUGCAGACAUGAAGUGCAAGGUGGGGGUGGAGCUGGGAGUAAGGACAAAAUGGGAGUGAACAGGAGACUCGCACACUUGUGUUAUUAAUAGGUAGAUGUAUGAGUCUCCCUCUGUAGCAUAUUGUUAACGCCUGCUGUUUGAGAGCAAUGUAAAAGUCCAACAACACUACUCGUAUUACAAGAAGCCAGUGUGUUUUUGAAUAAGUAUUAAAUAUGGAGGUUAUAUACCUGGUAUUUGCAACACUAAUGCUUUAAAUACUAGUUACUGCAUUUCAGUCAAAAAGCAAUGGCUUGGCUGGCCUUGGUGUGUGUCUGCAAUGCCAGUGUCUGAAGGCUGCUGAGGAGCCAGCCUGGGCUACAUAGUAAAACCCAGCAACGGUUUAGCACAUGUUCUAUGAAAGACUACUAGUUGAGUUUCCUGAUCAGGAUUGCCUGGUCCAGCAAUACUGAGUACCAAUAGCUGCUGCUGUUUAGUUUGAGGUUAAAUUUUUUUAAUACUUUCAUAUCAGAAGGAACUGAUUUUUUAACCUGGCUCAUAUUAAUAUUGGUAGCAUUUUGUAACUAAAAUUUUUGAUUAAAAAAAAGAAAAUGCCAACCAAAUAAGUUAACUUAUUGAAACAUAA